AUGAUUUAAAGGAAAGAAACAUCAGUAUCACAAAAUAAUGAGAAAGAUGAAAAGCACAGUAAAUUACAGAAGCAACCCUCUUCAUUUUUUAAAUCUUUCAGUUCCUCUAAAAAAGGAAUGAAAGAUGGUGAAGGUAAACAUAUGAAGCUACUUUAUUAGACUUUUAGUUUUUUAUGCGUACUUAGGAUUGCAGCUUUUAUACUAUACUAUAUAUGCUUGUUAACUUUUCAAAAGUAGAAGAGGAUUAAAAAAAGAAAGGAUUCUCCUUAUUAGCCAACAGUAAACCAUUAAUGAAUAUGGAAACGUACAAUGAUCUAAGUGUGCUUCAUCCGUAAUUCUAUACAUUUUAAUUUAGGGAACUUAUAUAUUUUUUUUCCGUUAUUUCAGUGAGGGAUUUGCAUGAUUUCUAUAUUGAUUUUUAUGCAUCCUUUGAUACCAAUAAAAAUUUUACUUUAGAGAAGAAAGAACUGACGAAAAUGUUCACUGUUGUUCUAGAAUUCCUGGGACAUAAGAAAUUUAAAGUCUUUAGUGAUAGAACUUUAAUUGAAGCUGAUGCUUUUGAAGGAAAAUUAACACAAAAAUUAAUUGAGGACAUUUCAGAGAAUUUUCUGUUGCCAGAAGAUCAAAGCAAAGUUGAUUACUUACUCAUUUUCCCAUACAUAUUAAGUUUUUAUUUAGAAUACUCCUAUUAAGAAAUUAAGAAUAAAUAAAAACGUUUAGAGAUAAUGAAAGGUAUUGAAACUAUUAAAGGAAAAGAAGUCGAAAUAAAGAAUAUAACAAGUCUUAUUUCAAUUUUAAAAGAAAUGGGAAUUGAUUAUUUAAAAGAGAAAAAUACUUAUAAAUUAUCUUAUAGAGAUGUAGAAAAUAUUCUUUUAAAGUUUAAAAAUAUAUAAAAAUGGAUAACCUUUGAUGUUAUAUAAUAAAUUUUAUAAUCGUUAAGUAAAAUAAUGCAAGUAGAUUCAAAAACAUAGGAAGAAACCAAAAAAAUUAAAGUUCACAAAAUUAUUGAUUUUUUAGCUCUUAAACUAUGUGUUCAUUAAAAUUGUUUAAAAAUCAAAUAACAAAAAAAUAUUGUUAAUCAAUCAGUUUUUUUAGAAGUAAUAAUUAAAAUAAUCUAAGAUAUUGGUUUUAUGGAAUUGUGCAUAGAAUUCUUAAUGGACAUCUCAAAAAUAAUUCACUUUAAAAUUUGAAAAAUAUCUUAAUUCUCAUUAUUAUGAGUAAUAGACUUUUAGUAGAACAGAAUUAUAAAAAUGUUUAGAGGGUUUUUUUAAGAAAUUCUUUUAAUUAAUGCCUAAGCAAUAAAUUUAUUAAAUAAUUUAAUGUCAUAAAUUAUUUUAAGAUGACAAUAUUGUUAGGAAUUAUAAAAUAUAGAGGGAAGAUUUGAUUUAAUCCUUAUUUUCUAUGGUAUGUUGCGAAGGAUUUAAGAAAUUAAGGUAGUACGUUAAAAUUAAAUUCGAUGGAAUUAUCAAAAGCACAGGUAAUAAUGCAUAAUAUUCAAAUUAUGGAAAAAUAAUGGAUUAAGAGAGUAUUCAGGGUGGAAUAUCAUCAUAAAGAUAGCUAUUGGAAUAAUCACAAUAAUAAAAUUAGAAUACUUCAAAUAAUGUAAAGAAAAAAGAGACAAAAAAAGAAGACAGUGAACAUAGUGAACAUAGUGAAUCAAGUGAAGAAGGUAACAGUAAUGUAAAAGCAACUCAAAAAUUUAAGACUGCUGUUAGAGCAAUUUAAUCAGGAAAUGCUUUUAUUUAAGAAAAAAAUCAAGGUAAGGAUAUUUUAAAAGCUUGCUUGAUUAUGGAUAGUUUUCUAAAAAGAUAAACACAAAGAAUAAAAAGUCAUUGUAAAGAAACUAAAUCUUUAAAUUCUUCCUUUAUCAAACAAGACUUAACAAAAGUAGAGACGUAAUAAAAUUUAAUGGAAAAUGAAGAUUAAAGUUUACUAUUCGAUCCAUCAGCAUAAAUAAAUUAAAAAAGAAAAGAUUAAAAGCAAAGUGAAAUUUGCGGAAUAAAAAAAGAGAAAGAAAAAAAAGGAUGGGAAACCAGUACAAAAUAAAAUGAAAAGCCAUAAACUACAGAGAUAGCAGAGAUUAUUCAAAAUUAGGAAAAAGUAAAAGUUGGAUAAAAUCCUGAUUUAGUUUUUACUGAAUCAAAGCAAAAACAUAAAGAUAGAAAUUAAAUAUCAAAUGAAUUGUAAAUGGUCUUAGGUAAAUCAAAUGAUGAUUUUGGCCCAAAUAAUUUUAAAAAAGCAAUUAGGCUGUAGUCCUCAGGGGAAGUUUCGUAAUCAGCAAGACCAUUAAUAAGAUAAAAUGAGGUAAAUCUAAUUUUAAUUUAGUAAUAAGAUAAUUUAGUCAUAAUUGAUGAAACUGCAUUAGAAUAAAUGAUUAAAACCAAUUAAAAUAAGACAAAAAUAAUAAGUAAGACCUAAAAUAGAAAAUCGACUAGAGAUGAUUGUUAAUGUAGAUUAUUUUGA